UUUAUAAAACGUUUAAGGGGAAAGAAAAAAAAAUGGUAAAAUAACGAGGGGAUAGGUCCGCUAGCUGAGCUCGACUCCUUAAGAAGAACACCAACACCCAGGCACCCACCAUCUAAUUCUAAAUCGUCAUCAGUCAUCACAUUACACAUACCCACCCUUUGGCCUUUUGGGUCCCCUGUUUGGUGUUUAGUCCCGCAGACCUCCAAACGAACACUCAACAGAUAACCCCAUGGCCAGCCCCAUCCAAGUUAAAGAAGCAGUGCUAGUCGCUCCAUCAGAUCCAACCCCGUCUCACGUUCUCACCCUCUCCUCUCUUGACUCUCAGCUCUUCCUUCGCUUCACCAUCGAAUACCUCCUCGUCUACCGCCCUCGCCCCUGCUCCGACCGUGAUGCCAUCGCCGCUCGUAUCAAGUCUGCUCUCGCCCGCGCUCUCGUUCCUUACUACCCUCUUGCGGGCAGAGUCAGAGCUCGACCCGACGGCUCCAAGCUUGAGGUCGUAUGUCGGGCACAGGGUGCGGUCUUUAUCGAAGCCGUUUCGGAUAUCUCCAUCUCCGACUUCGACCAGGCCCCACAGUACCCCACGCAGUGGAGGAACCUGCUCUCCUUCUACGUGGCAGACGUCCUCCGAGGGGCCCCACCUCUCGUCGUUCAGCUCACAUGGUUGUCCGGCGGUGCUGCUGCGCUUGGCAUCGGCAUUAAUCACUGUAUCUGCGAUGGAGUAGGCAGCGCCGAGUUUCUCAACUCGUUCGCCGAUUUGGCAGCGGGACGACGAACAGGGCUCGCGGAUUUCAAACCCAAACCCAUCUGGAAUCGAAACCUUCUCGAUCCUGUGGCCCCAUGCCAGCCUCGACGCUCGGUUGCACACCCAGAGUUCGAUCGCGUCCAGGACAUAGCUGGGCUGGUUUCCAGGUACUCCCGAGAACCACUAUCCCCAACCUCUGUCUGCUUCGACAAGAGCACUCUAACCGAACUCAAGAAGAUUGCCUCGUCCACGAAUGAACUUUCCUCCUCCCCUCACAUGUUGUUUGAAGUACUCUCAGCUCACUUGUAGAGGAGCUAGGCUAGAUCUCUAGAUUUGCCAACGAACCAGACACUGAGACUACUCUUCAGCGUCAACAUUCGAGAUCGAGUGAAGCCAGGUCUACCGGACGGGUUCUACGGGAAUGGGUUCGUGCUUGGUUGUGCCCAGACGACGGCAAAAGAGCUAGUGGAGAACGAUUUGGGAUGUGCGGCCGGGCUGGUGAGGAAGGCAAAGGAGAGGGUAGGGGACGAGUACGUAAGGACGGUGGUGGAGGCGGUGAGCGAGUCGAGGGCGACACCGGAUACGGUGGGGGUGUUAAUCGUUUCGCAAUGGUCAAGGCUGGGAUUGGAGAGGGUUGACUUUGGGUUGGGGGAGCCAGUUCACGUGGGACCCAUCUGCUGCGAUAGGUACUGCUUGCUGUUGCCAGUCUACGAGCAGAGUGGUGCGGUAAAGGUGAUGGUAGCGGUCCCCCGGAGCGCCGUCGACAAGUACGAACAUUUGCUCAGGAGCCCGAACUUGUAAAGAGUCCAGGCCAGGACCGUCCCGGCCUAGCCCAGCCCAGCCCAGCCCAGCCCAACCAAACCUAACAGAGAGGUGGUAUGGAACUAUGGAUUGGAUUCCUUCCGUACUCAUUGACCUGUAAUAAAUUCUUUUUUUUUUUUUUAGGUUUGACUCUUUUAGCGGUCAGAUUCUCGGUUCAUAAUCCCAACAUGGAUUCGCUUGUUUGUCCUUGCUUUGUGAUAGUUUCUUCUUAGUGAAGUUAAAAAAUCCAAGGUCGGAAAAAAAUUAUGCGAUUUAGAAUGUUGUACAUAAGACGGAUGGAAUUCAAUCAUCCAUUACAUGCUAUCUCUCUGUCUUAAAGUCUAA